AUGGGCUUCUCCUUAUUGACCAGUGCGUGCUGCAGUUAUUGCAAUUUGGGGUUGGGUUUGAAAUCGUCGAGCUUGUUUUUGAGCCUGGAUUUGCUUCCCAACACUAAUUCUAAUGGGCUUCUGUUGACUCCCAAAUCCCAUAAGUUUAAUUUCCCUCGCGCAUGUGCUUCUCCUUCAGAUCCACUUUUGGUCAAGGCUGCAAGAGGCGAUCGAGUUAACCGACCUCCAGCCUGGAUGAUGCGUCAAGCAGGAAGGUAUAUGGCUACUUAUAGAAAGCUUGCAGAGAAAUACCCAUCCUUCCGGGAGAGGUCAGAGACAACCGAUCUUAUUGUGGAAAUUUCUUUGCAGCCUUGGGAAGCUUUCCGACCUGAUGGAGUUAUUAUUUUCUCUGAUAUACUUACUCCACUACCUGCUUUUGGCGUGCCGUUUGACAUAGAAGAGGUGCGUGGUCCAGUAAUUCAGUCUCCCAUUCGCUCUGAGGAGGACUUGAAAACUUUGCACCCAAUUGACUUUGAGAAACUACAAUUUGUUGGAGAAUCUCUUAGGAUAUUGCGGAAAGAGGUCGGUGAUCAAGCAGCAGUUCUGGGUUUUGUGGGUGCUCCCUGGACGAUUGCUACAUACAUAGUAGAGGGGGGAACAACACGUACAUACACAACAAUAAAGAGCAUGUGCCAUACAGCACCACAUGUAUUAAGGGCUCUUUUGUCUCAUUUGGCAAAGGCGAUAUCUGAAUAUAUCAUUUUCCAAGUGGAUGCUGGAGCUCAUUGCAUACAAAUUUUUGAUUCAUGGGGUGGACAAUUGCCACCAGAUAUGUGGGAACGGUGGUCUAAGCCAUACAUUGAUGAGAUAGUAAGUGUGGUUAAAAACAAAUGUCCCCAAAUGCCAAUUGUGCUCUACAUUAAUGGAAAUGGUGGACUACUUGAACGGAUGAAGGGAACUGGUGUUGAUGUGAUUGGGCUUGACUGGACAGUGGAUAUGGCAGAUGGAAGGAAGCGCCUGGGAAGUGAUAUCAGUAUCCAAGGAAAUGUCGACCCUGCUUACCUAUUUUCUCCUCUUACUGCCUUGGAGGAUGAAAUUAAAAGGGUUGUACAAUGUGCAGGCCCAAAAGGCCACAUCCUCAAUCUCGGCCAUGGGGUUCUUGUUGGUACACCCGAGGAAGCUGUUGCUCAUUUUUUCGACGUUGCAAGAAGCUUGAAGUUAGAUGCACGAAUCGAUGGUAACCUGGUUGGAGCAUCCAAUUUGGUGGCUUGA